AAAUCGAAAAAAUAAAAAAUGAAUGUGGAAGAUUUUAGAAAACAUGGCAAAGACAUGAUCGAUUAUAUUUGCAAUUAUGCCGAAAAUAUUGGUCAGCGUGAUGUGGCGCCCACAUUGGAUCCGGGUUAUUUGAAACAGUUGAUACCAGACAAAGCCCCCCUCAAGCCAGAAAAAUUCGAAACGGUUUUGGAUGAUUUCGAAAAGAAGGUGAUGCCCGGUGUUGUCCAUUGGAACCAUCCGAAAUUCUUUGCCUAUUUCCCGUCGGGAAAUUCAUUUCCAUCCAUAUUGGGUGAUAUGCUGAGCAGUGCCAUUGGCUCGAUUGGAUUUUCAUGGGCCUCCUGUCCCGCCUCAACAGAAUUGGAAACAAUCGUUUUAGAUUGGUACGCCAAGGCAUUGGGUUUACCGAAAGCAUUUAUUACAGAUGUACCUGGCAGUCGUGGUGGUGGCGCCCUCCAAGGCUCAGCAUCCGAAUGCACCCUCGUGUGUAUGAUAACAGCCCGUUCCAGGGCGAUCAAUAAGUUGCGUGGCCUUACAUCAGAGAUACACGAAAGUGUCUUCCUGCCACAGCUGAUUGCCUAUGCCAGUAAAGAGGCCCAUUCCUCGGUGGAGAAGGCGGCCAAAAUGGCCCUGGUCAAACUGCGUAUAAUUGAGGCUGACGAAAGAGGACGCAUGCGCGUCGAUUUACUGAGGCAAGCUAUACAAAAUGAUGCCAACGCCGGUCUAACACCAUUCUUUGUGGUGGCAACAGUGGGAACGACGGGCGCCUGUGCCUUUGAUAACCUCGUCGAAAUUGGUAAAGUUUGUAAGGAAGUGCCGAGCAUAUGGUUCCAUGUGGAUGGUGCCUAUGCGGGAAAUUCAUUUAUGCUACCCGAGAUGCGUCGCUUUGCUGAGGGUUUGGAAUAUGCCGAUUCAUUCAAUACAAAUCCCAAUAAAUUGUUGCUAACAAAUUUCGAUGCGUCCGCCAUGUGGGUCAAGGAUGUAAUGAGCUUAAAGACAGCCCUGAAUGUAAAUCCCCUGUACCUGCAACAUGAACACGAGAAGGCCAUUGACUAUCGCCAUUAUGGCAUCCCGUUGUCGAGACGUUUUCGUGCCCUCAAAUUGUGGUUUGUUUUCCGUUCGUAUGGUCUGACCGGUCUUCAGGCGUAUAUUCGCAAUCACAUGGCCCUGGCAAAGAAAUUUGAAAUGUUGGUUCGCAAAGAUGAUCGUUUCGAAGUUCGAAAUGAUGUCUAUUUGGGUUUGGUCUGUUUCCGAAUGAGAGCUGCCGAUACCUAUAACCAGGAGUUGUUGGCCCAAAUAAAUCACUCGGGCAAGAUGCACAUGAUCCCUUCGAUGGUUAAUGGCAAAUAUGUUAUUCGGUUUUGUGUAACCUAUGAACAUGCGACAGAAAAGGAUAUAGUUGACGCCUGGACGGAGAUAAAAGCCUUUGCCGAAGACAUAUUGCGCGAUGCCACCAUGGAAAUCGCCUCACUGCCCCCAACACCGGAAAAAGAAAAGAUGCUGUCAGAGCCACAACCCCCCACCGGCAAACCACCAAUCAAAAAGAAGCUUACCCGCACCAAGUCGUUGCGAUUCUCCUUUACCCGCAGUAUAUCGCGUGAAAUUUACGAAUCACAGAGUGAACAUCUCAAGGAUGGUUGUACACCGAUUUUGGUGGUCGAUAACAAUGCGAUGAUGCAAAGUUUCCUGAAGGCCACGGCGGAGAAUCAACAAAAUAAACUGAAAGAUAUUCAAGAUGUCGAUACGGAUGAGGCAAGCAAUUAGAAAAAAAGAGAAGAUUUUCAAGA